GCAUCCUCGUCUCAAAGAUGGUGGCCUCUCCAUCGUAGCGCCACAUAAACAGUAAACAAAAAGGCAAAUAUGAUCGAUGGCGACGUGGCCAGGUGAAAUGUCGGGUUUUUGAAUUCGUGUCCGGUGGCGGUAACUGACGUGACGGCGGAGAUGAUGUUUCUCUACGGAGCCUACGGAGGCUCCUACACGGAUAAUCUCAUCGGAACAUUGCUUUCUAUUUUUGGAAAUGUGCUGGUCAGCAUCUCCCUAAGUAUUCAGAAAUACAGCCACGUGAAGUCUGCAGGAGCCAAGGACGUGCGUGUCUUCUACCACACCAAAACCUGGUGGAGUGGUUUUGUACUGAUAUGUCUCGGGGAGGGAGCCAACUUUGUUUCCUAUGCCUUCGCCCCCCUCGCUCUCAUCACAACUCUAAACGCUGUGUCUGUCCUGACAAGCUCAAUUUUGGGUCUUAUUUUCCUGCGCGAGAAAUUGAGGCCAAAGGCCUUUGCAAAGCGCUAUGGGCUGUCGUUCCUGGGCUCCAUUCUGAUCAGCGGGGGAACAUUCCUCUUUGUAGUUUUUGGACCAAACUCUCAUGAAAAACUCAAAGCAGAGAACAUAGUGACACACCUUGUAGGCUGGCCUGUUCUCUUGUAUAUGCUCCUGGAAAUCGUCACGUUCUGCCUGCUUCUGUACUUCUACAAACAGCGCAAUGCGAACUACCUCGUUGUUAUUCUGAUGCUUGUGGCGCUGCUGAACUCGGUCACAGUCAUCACAGUGAAGGCGGUGUCGGGCAUGUUGGUUCUCAGCAUCGAGGGCAGCAUGCAGCUCGACUACCCGAUCUUCAGCGUCAUGUUUGUGUGCAUGGUGGCUUCAGUGGUCUUCCAGGCCAGAUUUCUCUCCCAAGCCUGUAAUCUCUAUGACUCCUCUCUGAUAGCCGGUGUCAACUACAUCCUCUCCACUGUCAGUGCUGUGGUUGCUGGCGCUGUGUUUUACGUAGAAUUCAAGAAUGAAGACGUCCUUCACGUCUGCAUGUUUUUGUUGGGAUCUGCUUUCUGUUUCCUUGGGGUCUUUCUCAUCAGCAAAAACAGGAAGCGGACCAAGACCUUUGAGCCGUAUGUCACUAUGGAUAUGGUUAAUGGUGUCCCGACCAUUCAUGACAGGGGCCUCUUUGUUCAGCCAGACUCCAACGGUACUUUCUCCUACGGGGCCCUGGUCAACAACGACGGGGCGGCUCCUGUGACUCUACCAGUUGACCCGGAGCAGCCGCCAGUCGCCUCAAUGCGCAUCGAUCCACCUUCUGGCCGCCGUGACCUGAAAGAAGAUUGAAGUUUUUAAAUCUAAAUUGUUAGAUUUGUUUCAUCCUUCCAUCUGUAAACAAUAUUGAAGGACUUUUUAGAAGAUCAAGAUGGGUUAAUUUCUUUUCACAAUUACACAACCUCCAGCUCAAAAGGGGAGUCCACUGGGCGUGCACCCCUCUCCCAUCGGAUUUCCCUUUUUAAUCUCCAAACCAAAACGUGACCACGAGAAGCAUUCCGUUAUUUGACAAGAUGUCACCUGUAUUUAUUCCAAAACUGAACUGCUGGAUGUUGUAGUGGAUUCACGAUGAUUUGUCAGCAGAGAUGAUGUUGUGCCUUAGAGCUUCCUCUACUUCUCGCUUCCGUGACUCUUAAGCAAUUUAUUGCUCAUUAUUAGGCACAUUAAAGGUUCUUCCAUUUGAGGAUUGUGAGGAUUCUCCUCAAACCUUCUCACAGAUAUAGAACGUUGCUCUAGACUUGCCAAUGAACAUGGUGACUUUAAAUACCUGCCUCUAACUUUGUCUUCUGUGAGCGGGAUUCCCUCCACAAUGAUGUUACUAGUUUUCCUGAUGUGACCGAAUGUGGAUGCAAAUCUUUAAUUUAUUGAAAUGUAUUUAUUCAUUUUCAAGUUAGCUUUUAGUGUGCCUUAAAAAGUAGCUUUGCACUGGACAAAUUACUGUAAGGUGGUACAUAAAUAAGCCAGAAGUGAAGAAUCACUGUAGCAACUUUAAUAUCGCAGCACCUUUUGGAAUAACGACCUAAACUGUUUUGAAAAGUAAGGUGAUAGUAGCACUUUGAAUGACUCCAACAAAAGAAGUGAAUAGCGCAUGCAUCAUGAAACAACUGUUGGUUUUAAAUAUGUGCUGAUGAGUUAAAAAAAAACUAUUAUAUCUAAUCUAUUGCAGAAGAUGUGCUAAAUUUCCCCUUUUUAACCUGAUGCCUUUGACGUUUCUGAAGAAAUGCAUCCACGGUUUGAUGUUUUAAGUACAGGUUUAAUGAUUCAAUUUGAUUGUAAAUUAAGAUGGAUGAAUGCAUUGGAUUCACUCUCCAGGUACAUAUGUAUCAGUACAUUCUUACAGUAUUAUUAAAGCACAGUUCCUUUCCUCGGUAUUCAGUAA